GGCUGCCAUGGCAACGGUGUACACAGCCGCCGCCGAGGCCUCCCUUCGCCCGGGCCCGGCUGAGGAGGGGGCGCAGUCAGAAUGGAUGCAGUGGAAAAGAGAGUCCACACGUUUGUGCGAGUCAAGCCAACAGCUGAUUUUGCUCAAGAUAUGAUCAAGUUUGGGCCAGACAACAAGACCAUAGAUAUCUACAUCAAAAAAGAUGCCAGGAAAGGAGUUGUAAACAACACGCAGACCGACUGGUCCUUUCGGCUGGAUGGUGUCCUUCACAACACCUCCCAGGAGCUGGCCUACGAGACCGUGGCGAAGAAAUUGGUGUCCGAAGCUUUAAUUGGCUAUAAUGGCACGAUCAUGUGCUACGGGCAAACGGGGGCCGGAAAAACUUACACGAUGACGGGAGCGACUGCCGAGUACAAGCAUCGAGGAAUCAUACCCCGGGCCAUCCAGCAGGUCUUCAAAGCGGCUGCACAUUCCGUUGAUCCGUUCCUCACUGUCCGAAUAUCCUACCUGGAAAUCUACAACGAGACCUUGUUUGACCUUCUGGCCACCGUGGCGAGCAACGGGACCAGUGACAUGCAGAUGGCUGUAGUGGAUUGUCCACAGGGUGUUUAUGUCAAGGGCUUGUCUGUACACGCAGUGAGCCACGAGGAAGAUGCUCUGAAUCUCCUUUUUGAGGGUGAGACCAACAGAGUGAUAACGGAGCACACGCUGAAUAAAAAUUCAUCCCGGUCCCAUUGCAUCUUCACUAUUUAUAUUGAGUCUCGUUUCAGGGUUUUCUCAGAUGGCAAAUGUGUUAACUCUAAAAUCAACCUCAUAGAUCUGGCAGGCUCAGAGAGACUGAGCAAGACUGGAUCUGAAGGGCAGGUUCUGAAAGAAGCCACCUUCAUCAACAAGUCUCUCUCCUUCCUUGAGCAAAUCGUCAUCGCUCUGGCUGAUCCCAAGAGGGACCACAUCCCCUUCAGGCAGAGCAAACUCACCCACGUGCUCAAGGACUCGCUGGGGGGAAACUGCAAUACUGUCCUAGUGGCAAAUAUCUGUGGGGAAGCUGUGCAUGUAGAAGAGACCUUGUCUUCUCUUCGUUUUGCUACCAGAAUGAAAUGGAUCACAACGGAGCCCGUCAUCAACGAGACGUACGACCCAGAGGGGACAGUGAAAGCUUUGGAGAAGGAGAUUUUUCUUCUGAAGCAGGAACUGGCCAGGCACAACAGCUUGAUAAAUCGUUCUUUGGUGAAUUACGACCCUCUGACAAACGUCCAGAUAGCAGAGAUUAAGUCUCAAGUCCAUAAAUAUCUAACAGGAGACAUUGAUGAAAUUGAUAUAGUGAACAUCAGGCAAGUCCAGGAGGUAUUUAAGGAGUUCAAACUGGUUGUAAGUCAACAGGAGCAUGAAGUGGAGGCCAGAUUGCGAAGCAAGUACGCUCUGAUAGACAAAAAUGACUUUGUUACCAUUGCUGCUCUUCAGAAGGAAGGUGUGGUUGAUGUGGGUGGCCAUUUGGCAGAGGAAGAGGAGGAACAGGCUUCUAGGACUAGAACUGCUUCUUUUUCCUCCAGACAAGGUGGGAAGAGGAAACCCAGGAAAGGCAGCGAGCAGCCCAAGAAGGAAGGAAUCGGGAACUCCCUUUCGGUGAGAGAUCUGGUUGGUAUUUUACCAUCCAAAAGCCAGGGAAGAGUUUCCACCAAGGAUCUGGAUGUGAAAGAGGGAGCAAGGAACCAGGAUACAGCGAGUGUUGAGGCAGAGCUCUCACAGCCAGCUCCCGUGGAGGUUCCCCAGCGGCCCAGCUCCCCUCCCUCCAAGCUGGUGGCAUUUGAACAGUUUAAAGAGGAAGGUGGGAGUGAGAUCAACCGGAUCUUCAAAGAGAACAAAAGCAUCCUCCUCGCCAGGAAGAGGAGAAGCAGCGCGGUGGCGCAGAGGGUCAACUUCAUCAAGCGGGAGAUAGAGAGCAUCAGGAAGACUCUGGAGGCUCAGAAGCAGGAGAGGUGGCAGCAGGGGGAGUACGUGGAUGACAAAGGACAGAUCAUCAUUGACGAGGAGGAGUUUUCACUCAUCAUGAAGCUGAAGGACCUGAAGGAGGAGUACAGGUCUGGUUACACUGAACUGCAGGACCUGAAGGCAGAAAUCCAGUACUGCCAGCAUCUGGUGGACCAGUGUCGGAACAAACUCAUCUCAGAGUUUGAGAUCUGGUACAGCGAGUCCUUCCUCAUCCCCAAGGAUAUGCAGGAAGCUCUGAAACCCGGUGGCAACAUCAGACCUGGAAUGAUUCCCAUCAACAGAGUCAUGUGCCUGGAGGAAGAUGAGCAGGAGAGGUUUGAGCGGAUGCAGGAGACUGCGCUGCCGGCCUGCCCAGCUUCUGUCUCCUUCUACAAAGCCAAAAUGAAGAUGGAUCAAAAGCACACCUACACCAGGACCAUGUCCUCCCUCCAGAAAAUGCGCAAGAAACCGGGGCUCGUCACGGCUGCUGGGAAGAACAAACCCCUCUCGUUCCUGCACGUCGUGUAAGGGACUGGGGGAUGUCACCUCAGAAAGCGCCCCACCUCCACGUCCGCAAGAGAUUUAUCAAAAAUAAACAGUAAGAAAUUCAA